AUGCACCAAGCCAACUCGCCUCUCCUAAACUAUAGAGUCCUUUAUUCGAAUGUGAUAAAACGCGGGAAUCUCUUAGCCUCAGCCUCGUCAACUUGGCUCCCCGCUUUUAAGAACAUUGCGGACCUUCUUUGUGGGCGGAGAUCGAGGGCAACAAGCGGCUUGCAUGGGGAAUCAAGGGAGGCUGAGACACCGACUAUGACAACAAUCACAGAAAACCCGAGCCACCUCGACGAAUUGGAGGGAAGAGAGGCCGUGGGAAAACCAGCCGCCUUCCAUGUCCUUCGGUGGCAUCAGGGUCGGGACUUUGAGUGUUCAAAAAUCCAGAAUGUCACGGAUCUGCCUCAGCUUGCCGAUUGUGACUUGACAGUGAUUCUCGCCCCCUUCGAUAGUCCCAGCACAAUCCCUGAUUUCCGAGCGCUGGUAGACCGGUAUGAAAUUCCAAGCGGGUUUGUGUUGGAGAGACUGCAGGGAGUGACGCACUCCUUCGGCGCGUCGCUAGCCAGAGACGGAUCGCAAAGUGACCUGGCUGCAGCAACUUGGACAUCAUCUAAACGCUUUAAACCAGCGGUAUGGAUGCAUUUUCUCUGCACGGCGUCUUCCCCAGAUGCCGAAAACGCAGAGUGGCUCAAGUCCGCGGCCGUCCUGAAAUGGUCAACACCAACAGCCAGCCGUCAAACACCCAAUAAUCAGGACAAACGCCACGCGAAUGGUCCUGUUACUCUUAUAUGUUUUCGGCCGAUGGAGGGUAUCUGCGAGCGAAUCUUCCACCUCGCACAAGAAUCCAAUUGGGGAGAUGUCCUUCAAGACCCGUAUCUAUUGCUCGAUAUGGUGUAUGAAUCAUGGUAUCUCCGUCUGGACGAGAGUGCCUGGAAGACAAAUAAUCUUUGCCAAAAUAUCGAAAAGGAUGCAUUCAAAGGCACCAGAGACCUUGACGCGAGUUUCCCGGGCCCACCAGUCGUCGAUCUCUAUUACGUCCACACGAUUGCCAAAAAUGCGAUCUUUAUGCUGGAAGCCGUUGAUGCCACGCUUCGGUCACUCGACGCAGCCAUCGCACAUCACCAAGAGCUAUCAUAUACCAUCUCUCCCCCACCAAAGAAUAAGAAGGAGGAGGAUAGGUCAAUUGAUCUGGUGGAUGGAACAUCGGAUAAACGCUCCCCAAUAUGGAGAGCCACGCACGGCAUGCUGUUGCACCGCAGGGAGCUUUUCCAGGAGACCAGAUUGCGCACCAUUAGUGUUGAAAAGCGGCUGACCAACAUUAUCAACCUCGCGUUCAACAUUGAUGCUAUGCGAAACAGCCGCAUAACCCAACGCGACAGUUAUAGCUUGAAAGCGCUUUCACUGGUUGCCACCGUUUUCCUCCCUAUUUCGACUGUGGCCACAGUAUUUAGCACGCCAUUCUUCGAAGCCUCUGGUCCGUCGACAUCUCCCCAAGCUAGUGACGUUCAAGGAGGGGGGACUCUGCUUGUUAACAAGACUUCAGUCUGGUAA